UAAACUGGUGGCCCUUAAACUAUAAACAACGUUCAUGUCAUUGUGAUUAGAUUUCCAUAAAAUCCUUGUCGCACAAUACUGUUAGGAAUAUUAACAUGAGUAAAAAGUAGUGAAAAUAUCUAUGACUAAAUCACACUGUCUUUGAGUAGUUCAAGUUCGACUAUGUAUCAUAUUUAUCAGAAUUCAGGACGCCAGAAGACUGUCCGAGUAGUGUCUAUGUGAUGGAGGCUCUGUAGUUAUAAUCAGUAUAAAGUGUAAUUAGUAGUUAAAUAAGAUAAAAGCUCAUUAGGAAUAACAAUACAUGUACUACCAUAUACCAUAUAUUAGUAAGGCCAUUCCAUAUAGUGGGCGCCACUAAAUAAUCGGAACGGUGAUGCUCGAAUUCACCGCAUGUGUGAAGGUACCUUUUUUGCAAUGAUAUAAGAAAACAGCCUCAAUGGCUACAGAUGCUACCAUCAUAAGAGUCCAGCAGUAUUUUAAACAUUGUUUUUGACUUAAUGUAACACAACUUUUUGCACAUGAAAUUUUUAUCUAUGAAGUUUUCUUUAAUACAAUGAGUAUCAUGGUAGUAGAUGAACCGAUUACAAAUAUCGAUUUUCACUUAAGUUAAUUUUUUAUCUGUGAUAGUUUUGUGUAAACAUUAAACAAAUUGUUUGAAUACAUGUGCACCUCGUGCAAAUAAAAGAGUUUAUUUUAAAUAAUUGAACUGCGAUAUGAUAUUAAAUUAAUAAUUGUAGCAGUCAUAAAAUGUCUGGUUAUUUGGAGGUGAAGUAUCCCUUUAAAUCGAAUCUCGGAUUGAAUCCUUUCAAGUCGUGGAAAAGACAAUGGUGUAUUCUUCGGCCGAGUCCGAUGAGUGCUGGUGGUGGUUCGCUAGCUGUUUACUGCAGUGAGGCGGGGUCUCCUGCAGGGACGGUUGAAUUACGUUCUGGUUGUAUCGUAAAACGUGCGAAAUCUCGUACGCGACCUCAUGCAUUCGCCGUGUUCUCCAUCGAGGAGCCGUGCAAGCCUCGGAUCUUAUUGGCGGCACAGAGCCUCCAAGAAGCGCAGCAUUGGAUGGAUAAAAUCCGAGACUUAUUAAACGGCGACAAGCUUCUAGGCACAGAAUCAUUGCUUAAAGAUUCUUAUUCAGUGACGAUCAUACCUACUGAAUUGUCACAAAAAUGUGUUAUAAGUGGUGACAACAAUGUAACAUUAUCGUCGACCGGUCUGAUGGUUUCUCGUCCACAAACCACAGGCAUGAUGAUACGUUGGCAACACAUUACUGAUGUUCUCCAGACCAGAGAGAGUGGAGAUAAGAGCAAAAUAUGUGUGCUCAGUAUUGAUAGUGGUUUCAACGGUGGCGGGGAGAUGAAAUUCAGCAGCGCACUCUCGGGGGAGCUGGCUGGCGAGCUGGCGGGUGCGGUGCGGCAGGCGCUGCGGGAGCGCGCUCGGGCUCCGCCACUGAGCCGCAGUCAACCCGAUCUGACAGCAGUGUGUCAUGAAAUGGGCGAAUUACGUCGCAGCAGCUGGUACAGCGGGCCAUCCGAAGUGUCCCUCGAUGACACUGAUCUCAUUAUGUCCAAGGAGGCGCGCCGCAUCCCGAGCGGGCAGCUGUCCCGCACGCGCGCCCGCCGCCUGCUGCGCGCCUCGCUGGCCGAGCUCGUCUCCUUCGACGACGGCGCGGCCGACCGCCGCUCGCUGGCGUCCGUGUCGUCCGGAGUGUACGAGGAGAUCACGGAGGAGGCGGCGCCGCGGGAGGAGCACACGUACGAAUCGGUGGCGGACUGCGUGUACGCCACGUGGCGCCGCACCGGCAAGCGACACCCGCCCCCCCUGCCGCCGCGCACGCCCGCUCUCACUAUGAAGCUGGGCGAGGCGUGGGGCUGCGCCGGCGACGGUGUCACGCGGCACUCGUCGCUGGGCUCGCUGCACCACAAACCCACUCGGCCCGCCAAACCCUUCAGCGUGUUCAGAAAAAGACUCAAAAGCGACUCCCGAAUAGCAACAUCACCGAAAUCCGAAACCGCCAAGGAUAAGGACGUCGAGACGAAAAAGAAAAAGUUCGACUUCACGCCCACGCGGGAUAUAUUCAAGAGCUUCAAAGUGAGUCGGAAGAUGAAGAACCUCAAAAUCACCUCGGGCGGCCUCACGAAAGGCGAGACGAAGAGCUGCGAGUUCCUCGACGAGACGCAGCACGUGACGGCCAACCGCUGCUCCAAGUCCGUGGAGUGCCUGGACGGCGGCGACGGCUUCGACGAGUUCGGCGGGCCGCUGGCGCUCGUGCCGCCGGCGCUGGUGCAGCUCAUCCUGCGCGCGCCCGAGCUGGCGGAGAGCGAGUACAUGCCCAUGUCGCCCAUCGCGCCGGCCGCCGAGCACCACUACAUGGUCAUGUCGCCGCGCACCAAGCUGGCCUGAGCCCCCGGCUGUGAUAUUGUUUGAUGGUUGAGUUGCUUAGUUGGCGUCCGAGUAACGCUAGUUCGAUUGACUUGGCUGUCGUCAGAAAUUUUAGUAUUACUUUUAUCCGUCCAGAAUGGACCGUAGAGUUGAACGGUGGGGUGAAAUUUAGUGAAAAAUACCAAAGUCUCUUCAGAAAAUAUCAUAACAGAAUACAUACUAGUUACUAAAUUUAAUAGCAAAAAAGUAGUAAAAAACACAGUAUUACAGACAAUUUACAUAUAUUUUUAUAAAGAAUAAAUAACAGAGUCGUGUGACCAAAAGGACAAAUUUUACUUUAUUUUCAGAUAAGUAUUUAUUACAAACAGUGUUCAACAUCAUUAGUAAAACAAACUUUCGAUCUUACCAAAGUACAGGAGUUCACUUUGGUUUUGGUACUUGAAUGACGAGGGUAUCACACGUUUUAAAUUUACAUUUAUCAACAUCAAUAAAUGUCAAUUCUUGUUGUACAAAAACAAUAUAAAUUAUCAAAAUCAGUCAGGUUUAUUUUUGCAUUACAAGUUUUUUUUUUUUAAGUUAGUUAUUGUGAUGUUCUUUUUUUAUACAAAUAGUUUAGAUCAUAUUUCGUGAUUAUUAAAUCUCGUAUGCAUAUUUAUGUAAGUUGAUAUUUUGCAUAAAUUUUCUAUUGUUUCUAUGUGAUAAUAUCCUCCUCUUGACCGAUUUCGUCCACGGUUACUGAUCCCAUGGGAGACUAGCCAAUAGAUAGAUCAUUUAUAAAAUACAUGACAAAGACGGUUUACGAAGUUUGACUAUUGAUAAUAGACAAGGAAUUAACUCCUCCAAAACUCCGAUGUUGAUAAAUAAAUGUGUAGGAAAUUGUUGGAUUGUAUAGGAAACGUUCGUGACGGAUUUUUUAUUUAUUUUUAAUCUGCCUAAUUAUUAGUAAAGGAAGGUCGAUGAAAAAAGACUGAAGGAGAAAGCUUUAUAUGAACAUACUUUAACGUUACGGCUCUGAAAUUAUGUAAUUAAGAAACAUCGGUGAUAAGAAAACAGUUUAGACGAUAUACUAGCUUUAUGUUCAAACGAUAAUUUAAAACACGAAAAGUAAUCGUUAUAAUUUAAGAUUCAAAGUAAGUAUAUCAAAUAGACAAGUAUCUAAACACCGACGAAACGCGACUCGCUGCAAUUUCAGAGCGGCAAAGUUAAAUUAUUUUUAUCGUACGUAGUCUGAGCUAGUAUAAAAACGUCGUGAGGUAUGCCAUGGAAAAGAAUUUGUUUGAAUUUAGAUAAAAUGUAGUUAAUAGAGCUUCAUUUUGAAGGGAACGGAUUUAUUUGCGCUGAUGUGUUGUGAUAUUAUGUAUUAUCUUGUUAUAUCGGGCUUAAAGGCUUUUGUUGAUUUUGACAUGUAUUAGACUGAAAUGUUGGAAAAUAUUGAAAAUUUUUGGACGUUCGUUUUGCGUUUGCGUCGGUGAAGUUUAUGUGCCCAAAUAAUAAAGGCAAGUAGCUUAAUUUGUAUAGCAAUUAUUAAAGUUUAAGGUCGCUUUUCGCUAUUCAAAUUCUGACCAACAUACAUACAUUAUGAUAGCUUGUAAGUACUUAAUAUUAUGAUAAUUAAGAUGUUUUAUCACCUAAUAAAAUAAAACGAUCUCUGAAACUUGUAGACAGUAUUUAUAUAAGCAUUAAGUGAUACGCCGUUUAUUUUGCAAUUGUAUUUUAUUGUAUGGUCUAAGGUUCGUGUGUGUACCCAGUGUGUACAAGUGUGUGUGUUCUACACACACACGUACACCAUAUUCUAUAUUUGAAUCGAAAACCGAAUGAAAUCAGUAAUCAAAUUUUGUUUGUGAUACAAACAUAUCAUAUGCUUUUGUUUAUUUGUUUUAUAAAAAGGUAAAGCAAUGUUGAUUAAAAGAUUAAUGAAAUCUUACAUAAUUAGUUCUCUAAUUCAAUAAAAUCACUUUCAAUUUGAAUGCGAUUUUGAGUAAAGCGACGAGCGUUGAGAGUUAAAUGAGUCGUUUGCCUAAUUUAAAUAAAAACAUUAUUCAAUUACAUCGGCUCAAAUGGCUUUAAUUAAACGUAUUAUAAAUGUUUUUCUUUUUUUCAAACUAUAUCAUUAUGGCCAAAUGUUGCCAGGAAAACAGUGUAAUAACAUAUUCUAUUGUAUACUUUUAUAUCUUUUAAUAAUGUAUGUUGUUGCCAUACAGCGGUUGCGGAGCAAGAACAAUUUCGUAUGUUGAAAGGACAUAAGUUGUUUCUUCCACUUGAAUAUAUUGCCAUCGCAUUCGCACACGUGCAGCCAAGCCGUCACCUGAAAUUUUAAACCUUUGUCAUUGUUAAACAAUGUUAUUUAUUCAUGUGCACGUAUUCUUUGGUUUGUCUACAAUUUAUGUUAGUGGAUAGUUCGACAAACACACUAAUUACAUACUCACAGCAGAAUAACGAUAUAAUGUAGAUUUUGGUUUCUUCCUCUACUAUUUUGCAAUAUUUUUAAAUGUUUUAGCCACUGGCAAUAACACAUAUCUAUAACCAAUUCUACUAAUUUAUAACAGCUCCGCUUCAUCUUCGAGGGAUCCGCAACUGGAUCGUUGUGUUACUACAAUAGAUAACCAGCUAAUCAGCAAUGAUUAUUUUCUGUCCGAUUAAGUGAGAAUUAUUUAGUAGAAUUGUUCCGAAGGUCAAUGUCCGAAAUUCUUGCUCCGCGACCAGCAUUGCUGCGAUUUUUUACUGUAGAGUAUUUUCUGACUAAUUGAGAUAUAUUUUAGUUAUAAUGCGUUUUAAAAGGAUUCAGGAUAAGAUAGUUAUAGUUUAUACCGCCUUACGUGUCUCAUUAUACUAAUAACGAAUAUGUGAUAUUUUAUUAUAUUCACAACAUGGAUAAUGACUUAAUUAUAAACAUAAUUAUCUGUAACGAAUUUGACACGAUAAUUACGAAACUGUAGUUUGAAUUUCAUUUACAUAUCUUUCAUAAGACCGUUAUGUAAGCUGUACUGUUGUUUUUACUGUUUUUUUUUUUGUUGUGUGCCAAGUAAGUAGCGCUUGUUUUAUAUUUGUAUAUUUAUGGUGUAAUAUACUGAGACAAUAUUUUGUACCUUAUGUGGAAACAGUAUAUUAAUAACUUUUUUAUUUAAGCUUAUUUAUUUAAUUCCGCUGAUCUGAAUUUGAAUAUUCUCGUUUCACAUGGAACACACCCUUCGUUGAUAACUUGUGAAUAUUAGUCAAUUUGAGAUUAUACAGAUGUUACUUAAUUAUAUUAUGUAUCUGUAUAUUCGAUGGACCAAAAUCUCGUUUAUAAUUUUCUAUUUAUUUUGCUUUAAGAUCUUCAAUAAAGAAUUACAUUGUGUUGUUUAAAUAAAG